UUCUUCUCUUCCGUCGAUUUCUCUCUCAAGUUCGCAGGGAGCUCGCACUGUGUUCCCGUUCUGGUUUUCACACACUCUUUGAUCUUUCUAGGGUUAGGGUUUGGUUCACCCUUCGAUUCGAUUCAAUUCAAUCUCCGUCAGAGCGUGAGAGCGACGCGCCUCCCGUGCUUGGUUGGGAUAGACGCCAUGGGAGGUGAUGCUACUGUUGGGGAAUCAGAAGCGGUCAACGUCAACAUCAACGUUCGCUGCUCCCACGGUUCCAAGUUUUCCGUUCAGAUUUCCCUCGAUUCCACCGUCGGUUCCUUCAAGGAUCUCGUCGCUCGCAACUGCGACAUCCCCGCCGAACAACAGCGUCUCAUUUACAAGGGUCGCAUCUUGAAGGACGAUCAAACCCUUCAAAGCUACGGUUUGGAGGCAGAUCACACUGUCCAUUUGGUUCGAGGCUUUGCCCCUAUCAAUACGACUGGCAGCAGUGGGACCAAUACUAAUAGCACCAAUGCCACAACAAAUAAUCCCAGAGGUGCUCCUACUAAUGAAGGUGGGGGUUUAGGAGGGUUUGGUUUGGGAGGUUCACUAUUCCCUGGACUAGGUGUCAAUGGAACUGGUGGCAAUGGUUUAUUUGGCCAGGGUUUUCCUGAUCUUGAGCAGAUGCAGCAACCAUUUAUUUCUAAUCCCAAUUUAGUGAGGGAAAUAAUGAAUACACCUGCUAUGCAGAAUCUAAUAAAUAAUCCAGAGAUAGUGCGGAAUCUUAUAAUGAAUAAUCCACAGAUGCAAGAGCUCAUGGAUCGAAACCCUGAGCUAGCACACAUACUUAAUGAUCCCAGCACUCUCCGCCAGACCCUUGAAGCUACAAGAAACCCUGAGAUCAUGCGUGAAAUGAUGAGAAAUACAGACAGAGCAAUGAGCAACAUCGAAUCUUCGCCUGAGGGAUUCAACAUGCUGAGGCGCAUGUAUGAAAAUGUUCAAGAACCAUUUUUAAAUGCCACUACAAUGGCUGGUAAUACAGGAAACAACGCAGCACUUUCAGGGACUCAUGUUGGCCAAGCUAGGGACCAAUCAACUAAUCCCUCAACCACUAGUUCUGAAACAACUGCUGGCUCUCCCGUACCUAAUACCAACCCACUUCCAAAUCCUUGGUCCUCUACUGCUGGAACUGGUGGUGCCCAAAAUAACACCAGAAGGUCAAACCCUGGUGGGGAUGCUAGGCAGCAAGGACCUACUGGCUUAGGAGGGCUUGGUCUGCCAGACCUUGAAAGCAUGCUGGGUGGUAGUGCUAUGCCAGAUCCUGCUUUAUUGACCCAGUUGAUGCAAAAUCCAGCUAUCUCACAAAUGAUGCAAAGUAUCCUUUCCAAUCCACAAACUUUGAAUCAGAUUCUCGGUGUUAAUACUGAGCAGCGGGGCAUGCCUGAUUUAAAUUCUCUUAGAGAAUUAAUGCAAAAUCCAGAAUUCCUUCGCAUGUUUUCUUCACCUGAGACAUUGCAGCAACUCUUGUCUUUCCAGCAAGCUCUUCUUUCUCAGCUUGGUCAGCAGCAAUCAACACGGGACUCUGGUCAAACUGGCGGAGGCACUGGUAUGCAAGCCAACCGUCUUCUCUUUCUGUCAAUAGAAACUUUGUACCAUUGUUGCUGUAGUUUUGCAUUGGCGAUUAAAAUUGGACCAUUGAACAACAAUUUGGGAUUGGAGAUGUUAUCGAGCAUGUUUGGUGGACUUGGAGCUGGAAGCCUGGCUGCUCCAAAUAGAUCAGAUGAGCCACCGGAGCAAUUGUAUGCCACCCAACUUACACAGCUUCAAGAGAUGGGAUUCUUUGACACUCAAGAGAACAUAAGAGCUCUUGUUGCAACCUCAGGAAAUGUUCAUGCAGCAGUUGAACGACUACUAGGGAACUCUGGUCAGUAGCAGAUAGAGUUGGCUUGGCAUUCAUUUUACCGGAGUCUCUUCUGUUGAUCCCAGAUUGGUCACUUUGAAAUCAGCAGUGUUGAAGGGCCUUGUUGGGUAUUUAAAUAAAAUCAGAGAUCUGUCCAAAUUAUAGUGGUCAGACCUGGCAUGGUGUAGAUUUUAUACGAUGGACUGUGAUUGUUCCUAUUUUCUUCAUUGUACAUACUUACAUUGAAAACUAGUUCUAGACAGCAGCAUGAGAGCUUAAAUAUUGUCAAGUGAAUUAAUUUUUAUACUAUUAGUUUGUACUGGCUCAAGAUAGUUCCAUAAUUAUUUAUUUGGGACGUGUGAAAUAACAUGAGACUAUCCGAUAAAUACCAAACGUUAGAACACGCGUAGU